AUGGCAAAUAAUAAUGAUAGUUUAAUACCCAUAGUCGAAAAACUUUGUACUGUAAGCACAAUUGGAUUAUUUUUGACUGGAGUACAAAUAUGUAAUCGAAUUUAUCGUAUGCGUUCAACAGGUGAUAUAUCAGGUUUUCCAUUUGUUGCAACAUUGGUUAAUUGUACUCUUUGGUUAUUAUAUGGUUAUUCAGCUAAUAAUUCAACAAUUAUUAUUGUCAAUUUUAUAGGGAGUAGUUUACAAAUGAUUUAUGCAUUGGUUUACCUUCAAUAUACAUCAGAUCGUACUACAUAUAUUCGUUCACUUGGAGCAGCUGUUUUAUUUCUUGCAGCAGUUUCUUUUUAUUUUCAAUAUGUAGUACCCGAUCGUAACGUAGCUGUUUUUCGUGCUGGUCUAGUUGCAUCCAUUGCUACUGUGAUUAUGUUUGGUUCACCAUUAGCUUCUCUUCGGGAAGUUAUUCAAAAGCAAAGUACUGAAGCACUUUCAUUUCCAUUAUGUUUUGCCAAUCUUAUUGUACCUAUUGAAUGGGUUUUAUAUGGUAUUUUAAUUAAUGAUAAAUUUGUUCAAGUACCAAAUUUUCUUGGUGCCAUAUUGGGUCUUAUUCAAGUAUCUCUUUUUUUUAAAUAUCCACGUCAAUCUGGUCUUAUACCAAAGGCUACAAAUCUUGGAGGAAUUUAA